UUGGAGUGGAGCUGCCCCACGGACACACUCACUCACACGCGCGAGUCUCAGGGGGAGAACCGGCGCCGAAUCCCCGGACCCGAGCUCCCACGCUGCGUGGGCUCCACGUGUGCACGGAGCUAAAAAAAAAAAAACAACAACCUCCCCGUGGAGCAAAAAAGUGACGCCAGAAGAAGAAAGCGGUGCGCGUAAAAAAGGAGCCAAAAAGUUGCGCGCCAGCCGAGGGGGGCGGACUGACCGCGACUCGGACCCGCAGUCACGGCCCGCAAGGACGGAUGUAGAAGCCGAUGAAGACCCUCAGCCGGUUCUGCUUCUGAUGGAUCUAUAGAGGACGCGCGACUACACACUUUUUGGGACUCCCGUCAAAAUGCGGAUUUUAAUCCUCGGCCGCCGGCAUCAGAAGUGACAACACGAAGGACUUUAAAGAGGAACAUCUUCAUCUUCAUCGUCAGGGACAAGAUGUCCGACGUCUGCACGCUCUGUCUGCUGCUGCUCUGCUGCUCGGGCUCGGCGUGGAGCGGCGCCCACCACGGAGGAGCCGGAAUGAAAGAUCUCCGAGCCUCCAAGCCUCUGAUCGCGCCUGGAUACCCAGAAAACGUCACGGCGCUGGUUUACAGUCAGGCGACGCUGGUGUGUAAAGUCCAUCGGCCGGCGUCCACCAAAGUGCAGUGGCUGAAAGCGGAGCUGGCAGGGCCGGGAGGAGGUCCACACUUCAGAGCUCUCACGGCAUUGCAGAGCAACGCCUCGAAGGUGAACACCCUGCAUCUGUCCAACAUCAGUCGGGAGGAUGGCGGCGAGUACAUCUGCAUGGCGGAGAGAACGCACGGCGGGAAAACUGUGCAAGCCAUGCAGUCGGCGUGGCUGGAAGUCCUUCCAGGAACCAUCCUUGCCUCAGACGUUCGUGAGGACCCCAGCAAGGAGACGGCAGAAAAUCUCUUCGUAGACUUUGGUAACGUCCUGAACCUGCGCUGCGAUGCCAGCGUUCGGCCCGGCAUGGCGGUUGUCUGGUACAAGGAGGGAAGCCGGUUGGCGGCCACACCCCGGACCCACAUCCAUGGCGCCGUCAUCGAGAUCAAAGACGUUACGGAGGAGGAUUCGGGGGUUUAUAUGUGCGUUCUUCGUGGAACUCGAGAAGUUUUGAGGAACUUUACCAUCACGGUGACCGACUCGUUGGGCUCGGGGGACGACGACGAGGACAACGGCUUGGAGGACUCAUCAUCGGAGGUGGAAAACGACCAAGUUUACAUUUCCAGAGGUCCCUACUGGACCCACACCCAGCGUAUGGAGAAGAAGCUUUAUGCCGUCCCGGCGGGCAACACGGUGAAGUUCCGCUGCCCGGCCAUGGGCAGCCCUGUGCCCACCAUUCGUUGGCUGAAAAACGGGCGGGACUUUCGAGGAGAGCACCGCAUUGGAGGCAUCAAGCUGCGACAUCAGCACUGGAGCCUGGUGAUGGAGAGCGUCGUGCCGUCAGACCGAGGAAACUACACCUGCGUGGUGGACAACAAACAUGGCUCCAUCACUCACAGCUACGUCCUCGACGUCCUGGAGCGCUCCCCCCACAGGCCCAUCCUGCAGGCAGGUCUACCCGCCAACACCACCGCUGUGGUGGGCAGCGACGUCCAGUUCCACUGUAAAGUCUACAGCGACGCUCAGCCGCACAUUCAGUGGCUCAAACACAUCGUGAGGAACGGCAGCCGAUACGGUGCCGACGGGACGCCGUACGUGCAGGUUCUCAAGACGGGCAGUUUGAACAUGACAGAGGUGGAGGUCCUCUACCUGUCCAAGAUCACCAUGGAGGACGCGGGAGAGUACACCUGCCUUGCCGGGAACUCCAUCGGCUACGCCCACCAGUCGGCUUGGCUCAUUGUCCUCUCCGAGGAAGAAGCCUCAGACUCCAUGGACACAAUGGAGACCAAGUACACCGACAUCAUCAUCUAUGCCUGUGGCUUCCUGGCGCUGAUCAUGGCCACCGUCAUCGUGGUUUUAUGUCGGAUGCAAGUCCACCCGAGGCGAGAGCCUUUUGAUGUCCUGCCGGUUCAGAAGCUUUCCAAGUUCCCGCUGCGCAGACAGUACUCUGUGGACUCCAACUCGUCAGGGAAGUCCAGCGCGUCUUUAAUGAGAGUGGCUCGUCUUUCCUCCAGCUGCUCUCCCAUGCUUGCUGGAGUGAUGGAGUUUGAAUUGCCCUACGAUCCGGACUGGGAGUUCCUCAGGGACAACCUAACUCUGGGGAAGCCUCUGGGCGAAGGCUGCUUCGGCCAAGUGGUUAGAGCCGAGGCCUACGGCAUCAACAAGGACUCUCCAGACCAAGCCACCACUGUGGCGGUUAAGAUGCUCAAAGACGACGCUACAGACAAAGAUCUUGCGGACCUGAUCUCGGAGAUGGAGCUGAUGAAGGUGAUGGACAAACACAAGAACAUAAUCAACCUGCUGGGAGUCUGCACUCAGGACGGGCCCCUGUAUGUACUGGUGGAGUACGCCUCCAAAGGCAGUCUGAGGGAGUACCUGAGGGCGCGGCGGCCUCCCGGCAUGGACUACACUUUCGAUGUGACCAAAGUGCCCGAGGAGCAGCUCACCUUCAAGGACCUGUUGUCCUGCGCCUACCAGGUGGCCCGAGGAAUGGAGUACCUGGCCUCCAAACGGUGCAUCCACAGAGAUUUGGCAGCCAGGAACGUUCUGGUGACCGAGGACAACGUCAUGAAGAUCGCCGAUUUCGGUCUGGCCAGAGGCGUCCACCAGAUCGACUACUACAAGAAAACCACCAACGGACGGUUGCCCGUCAAGUGGAUGGCGCCCGAGGCCUUGUUUGACCGAGUCUACACGCACCAGAGCGAUGUUUGGUCGUUUGGCGUCCUCAUGUGGGAGAUCUUCACGCUGGGCGGGUCGCCGUACCCCGGCAUCCCCGUCGAGGAGCUCUUUAAGCUGCUGAAGGAAGGACACCGCAUGGACAAACCCUCCAACUGCACACAUGAACUCUACAUGAUGAUGCGCGAGUGCUGGCAUGCCGUUCCCACCCAGAGGCCCACCUUCAAACAGCUGGUGGAGGAACUGGACAAAGUGCUGCUGUCCGUCUCGGACGAGUACUUGGACCUGUCCACGCCCUUCGAGCAGUACUCGCCGUCCUGCGAGGACACGUCCGGCUCCUGUUCCUCGGACAACGACUCGGUCUUCACCCACGAUGCCAUGUCCGGCGAGCCCUGCCUGCUGGACUACCAGGACACCAAGACGGCGCCGAGAUAGACGGACAAAAGUUGUCGUUUUUUUUUGUUUUUUUCUAAGAAAAAGAAAACCCUUCUCGGACCUGAAGAGGACGCCGACAGGACCAGGACCAAAACCAAGGACGCCUUCGCCAACCCUGGGGGGAAAAAAUGGAUUUAUUUUGCUACGUUGGAAAGUUGCUCAUGCUAAAAAAUAUCUCUAUAUUAUAAGAUUAUUUUACUUUUGUCUCGCUUAUUUAAAAAGAAAAACAACUCAGGAACUCAGAAGGACUUUUCUGUUGUCAUUUCCUGUUGUUAUAUAUUAGAAUAUUACCGGCGCUAAAAGACGUAAAUUAUUUUCUAUGCCGCGAAAAAAAAUGUGUGAAAAGUUCGAGACCGAAACCACAACAUUUCUUAUAAGGUCCCUGUCAGGUUCAAACACUGAUGACAUCUAUUAAACGAGACAAGAAGCAAGGAAUUAAACAGAGACAGAAUUUAAAAAUUUGGCUCAAUUUGAGGAGAAACGUCUGGGCUGUACUCUUGUACAGUCUCCAGCACGCUCUGGCGAAAGAUUGUACGCCACCUCUUUUUAUUUUGGACUUUCCCUUUUUUUUUUUUGCAGUUUUAAAUUUUUUUAAAAUAUAAUUAAAAUUGCAAUCUUUAUUUCGUGUAUUUUUGUUGUUUUUA